UUAGAAAUAAGCGCAAGAUAACAUCGGGCCAUAAGUAACAAUAAAAUAAAAUGAUCUGGCCUCGACUUUGACACAUGUGAUCUAAAUUACUUUUUUUUUCUCUUUGAAACUUCAUGGAACUAAAAAUAUAAUGGUACAUUUUAACUGCAGAUUUAUGUAAAUCAAAUUUUUUAUUGUCCUUUUGAAUAUUUUUAUGCUAUUCAGACACGUUUGCAUGUUAAAAAUGACUCUUUCCAACAGACUGGAAGCUGCUGCAGGGUGGACCUUAGAGGAAAUGUUUAAAUACCUCUGAUCGAGUUAAAGGAGAUCAUUUUCAUGUAGCACUUUUGUAAUGAUAAUAUCAAAGCUCGAAUAAUGAGAGAUGGAUGGAAAUCUGCCUCUUGUCAGCGUUUACGACGAGAUGCACUCGUGUGAUUAGAUGUCCCGGGAUCGAUGCUGCCCCUUCUCCCCAUCAUUAAGACUGCUCUUAACAGAUUACAGCCCCCUCCCAAACCCGCAGUCCCGUAUCCCACUGCUCCUCCUCCCGGAUCACAAACCUUUUCUUUCAACAGACAGAACACCGCACUCUAUUUGCUCUCCAUUCUCUCUUUAUUUUUAUUUUAUUUUUUUAAUUUUUCUCACUUCUUCUGUGGUCCAGGUGAUUUUUUUGUGGGGGGUUUCACUUCAAUUCUGACUGAAGAUCGGACAGAAAUGAAAAAGAGCAAAGUAAAACAGAAGCUGGGCACUAAACAAUAGGUGGAAACCAAAGAUGGACCUCCUCAUCAUUCAGUCUCUUUUCCUUCUUUUUUGCUUUGAUCCAUCAGUAGGAAAAAGCCUCAUCACGGCUGACUUAUUUGAAGCCAGAGGUCAGCGUGUGUGCAGAGCCGGAAAAGGGAAGCCGUGCUACAAGCUGGCCUAUUUCUCGGAGCUCCGCUGGAAGCUAAACUUCGCGGAGGCAGAUCUGGCCUGCAAACGGGACGGAGGCCAACUGCUCAGCGUGGAAUCCGAGUCCGAGCAGAAGAUCAUCGAGCAGCUCAUCACCGAGCUCCGCCCAACAGAUGGAGACUUCUGGAUCGGUCUGAGGCGCAAUGAUGCUUUGGAAGACAACAUCCCCGACUGCUCCUCGCAGUACUACUGGCUGGACGGGAGCAGGUCCACGUUCAGAAACUGGCACUUUGAUGAGCCGUCGUGUGGCUCCGAGGUGUGUGUGGUCAUGUAUCACCAACCGUCCGCCCCGCCUGGCCUCGGAGGAGCCUACAUGUUUCAGUGGAAUGACGACAACUGUGAGACAAAGAACAACUUCAUCUGCAAAUACACAGCAGAGAGGUCGCGGGGACCUGCUUUAACCCCCAACGCCACACUGACAGAUGUUCUCCCUUCACCCGAGCUUCCGGAAGAACCAAAUUACCCAAGACAGAACAGAACAGCCAUGAAUCUGGUUUACGUCAUCAUUCCCACCAUCCCGCUCUUACUGUUGCUGCUGACGGUAAUGGGAGUCUGCUGCUUCAAGAUGCUCAUCACCCGCAGAAGGAAACAAAAGAAACCAGAAGUGGGUCAUACCGACCCGGGGCCUGGCACCAGCCCAACCUCAACUGACGUCUACAACAUUAUUCGCUCCCAGAAAGAUGACGACCUACUUUCCGCUCGUCCGCAGACGAAGAACACUUCGUUCUUGUGCUCCUCCCCUGACACGCCAACGGGCGACUACGACAACCUCGGGGGCCGGGACACAGAGAGCGGUUUUGUGACACUUGCCAGCACGGAAAGCUGCUUGCUGACCUUUGACCUGAACGAGCACAGCCUUGGGCGGCGAGCUCCGCACGACUACAACAACAUGAGCUUGGGGCGCCUGGGUAAGAGGGACCUGAACGACGGCAGCCUAAGCCGCCUCGGUAACCGAGACUUUUACGACCGAAGUCUGGGUCGUCGCACAACAAAAAGCGAGCAUUACAGCCACGGCAGCAUGUUCGGGGAGCACGGACUCUACAACGGCACCAUCAGAGCAGCAAGUGAACUCGACGAGCUCAGGCCCGGAGGUCACGCGGGAAAAUUCGACCUGUACCAGACGUACGUCUCCAACGGGAAGCACGACACUUUCCAAACCAGCCUGGGAACGUACAGAAAUCGGAAAUCCUUCCACGCAAAUCUGGAUUGCUACAGGAACAGAGGGAACCUGGACAGUGGACAUGGAGGCUUCACGGACCACGAGUGGAUCGUCAGAGGACACUACUGAUCUGCAGAGGAGAAAGGACUCCAAGGACAACCACUGAACUUUGUAAAUGCUCGUCUAGGACGUGGGUAGAAAUCAGGUCCAAAAAUGGUAAAACGAGGUUGUGUCCAAAUUCCUUCACUACUCUCUACUUAUAUUCACCAUUUUGAAGAGGAAUGUUAAUCUAAAACUGCCCUCGAAAAGUUCAAGAAGUCUCUGAGAAAAGCUAGUGUGCAUCGAUGUUCACUAGAUUGGCAAAUAUAGACCACAAUGCAUUGCAUUGAAGAGUUUUUCAUGUGGAAAAAAAUGUAUUUACAUUCUUUUUUAUAAACCUUUCCUUUUCACACACAAUGGAUUCAUAAAUAGCCUACGUAAAAUGUUCAUAUUUAUUAGGUUUUCACUUCAGUAAAUAAUUAUAUAAUGCUUUAAAAAAUAGAAUAAAUUACUUUUGAAAUCCAGAGCACUAUAUAGUUUUUCAGUAUUUAGGGAAUUUGGACAUACCCAAAGACUUUGAUUGAACGUGAAAUAACUGCAUGAAUGAGUGGCAGCUUGUUUUCUACGAUUCCUUGGAAGCAACCAUUGACUAUAUGUGAGAAUUAGACCAGGUAAGUGUGAGGUCACCCCUAAAAAAUAACUUGCUUCGAACAAAAUUAAGGCAGUUCAGUCUCAGUUUUUGAAAGCAUGCUUUCAAACCUUUCAAAAGAAGAUCACAUACUUUUAUUGAGGCAUCCAAUUGGUCAGUUUAUAACUACAGAAAAAAAGAAAAAAAUAGGAUUAGCAAGAACAUACUAGAAAAUAGGGUGUCAGAGCAAGAAUUGUUAUUCUGACAAAUAUAAUAGCUGUUUUUUUUCUUUAAACAAUUUACAACCAGUAGUUACUUUUUGUUUAGAACAUGAGUCCAGUUCUCAUAUACAGUCAUUGGAAGCCUCAUCUUGCCCUAAAGAGUGACAUGUAUGUGUAUGUUUUUGAUUUCUGAGACAAAAUGAUGUGUUUGCAAGCAUUGGGAACAUGAGAUUCAGCAGCGGCAGCUUUUUUUUUAGGUUUUUUAAAAAGGAUUCUUUUUUUUGUGUCACAGGCAAAAUCAAAAUUGUGUUUUUGAGGUUGUUAUAGUUUGUUUACAGAUGUGCUUUUGUCUCCAAAGCCUCUUCUAGGACCCCUGUGUCAGAAGGGGUUAAGAGAAGGUUAAAUAACAGAAAUUAGAGUGCAGUUAACUGCCUUACCGGUCUAUCAACAAGCUAAGCAUUAGGUUUAUGCAGAAAGGAUCCAUGCAUGAAAUAAAAUAUAUAUAUAUAUUGUGUUUAUGGUUGUGCAUCAGUUUUAAUCUUUAUUUUGACUUUACAGUAAUUCCAUUGCAUGUUUGGGGCCGGCCUCCAGAUUCAAACAUGUACAAAGACAUGAUUUGGUGCAAAGCCAUCGUAUGAAUUUAAAAAAACCCAAAGAGGCCAUUAAAGCUGAACUUCCAACUGACCAGUGAAAGGAUCUCAUACAUCCUUAUAGCCUGUUUGCACGGCUUUGUCAUGCUGUCGUUGCCUGGUCGGAUGUACAAGGUUUUAAGCCUCGUUGCUCCCUGUAGUGAUAGCAUUUUAACGACACUGAAGUUCAGCAAAAAGGAGAAACGUCCAUUCAGCAAACCCACUUUGCAUUUUGGAAGUCCUUUGAAUUGAUGUGUACAGAAAUCUACUGUUUUCCCCCUUAAUUUCUUACAUUUUAAUAAAAAUAUAACUUCUAUAGCUGUUCCGGUUUGAGUGCCUGCAGCCCAAAUACAGAUGAUGGCAUGAGUGAGCAGAGAAUGAUCAUACAGAUAUGCAUCAACAGUAUUUAUUCUGUCUUGGAAUCUCUCCUGCAUCUAAGAUUUGUUUGUAAAUUCCUCACACAUCUUCCAAUAAAAAGGAAUUAAAGCAAAAAACAACAA